AUGGCAGAAACCGCUCCAGCCAGCACUCCGGCUAAGGCGCCAAAGAAGAAGUCGACAAGUUCGAAGCCAAGGAAGACCGGCCUUAGUGUGUCUGAUUGGAUCGUGAAGGCUGUGUCCGGGUCCUUUAAGAUCAAUAAGAAGCAGGCAGAGGCAAAGGAGAAAGCAAGUAAGAAAAAGGCAGCCCCGAAGAAGCCAGCGGCCAAGAAACCAAUGGCUAAGAAGCCGACCACAGCUGCCAAAAAAGUAGUAAAGACUGCAGCAAAGAAACCCGUAGCAGACAAAAGGACGACAAAGAAGCCCGCUGCAGCCAAGAAAACCACCAAGAGUCUCAAAAAGCUGAAGCCGACUGCAAAGCCCAAACAGGUGACCAAGAGUCCAAAGAAAGCCAAAGCUUCCAAAGCCAAGACUACAAAGAAGGCCGCGCCGAAAAAGAGAAUCGUGUACGUGUCGACAGUUGUUUAG